UUAUUCUGUUUUGUGUGAAAAAAAAAAUGAUUAUGGUUUACAUUGAAAGUUUUGAAUGAUCGCAAUUUGUAGGUAUAUUAUUAAAAAACUAGAGGUGGGGGAGAAAGUUAGAAGAAUAAAAUUGGAUGGCAACAUAUGGGUGUAAUCCUGAGUUGUUCCUCUCCAUACGUUUGGGAUAGUUGUUAGAAUGUUGCAUGCAUGCGCAACAACGUACCAAAACACUUCCAUGAACACGAUGACCUUCUUCCACAACCCCUCUCAUCAUUGAAUUUUAACUCUGCAAAUCAAAAACGAAUUAUCAAUCAUCACCGUCGCGAAUUCAGUAAUUGAAUACGUAUGUCGGGAGGAGGAGGCGGUGACAACAGGCAGCUAGAUCUCACGCCAACAUGGGCCGUGGCUGCGGUUUGUGCAAUCAUCGUCAUCAUUUCUAUACUCUUGGAAAAAAUCAUACACAAAUUCGCAGCGGUGUUUGAAGAAAAAAAGAAACAUGCGUUGCUAGAAGCUCUUGAAAAGAUUAAAGCCGAGCUUAUGGUUUUGGGAUUUAUUUCGUUACUUUUAACGUUUGGUCAAAACUACAUUUCUAAAGUGUGUAUUCCCCAAAGGUAUGCACACACAAUGCUACCGUGUCUUCCCCUUGAACAACGAGGAGGGGGCGCGGCAGCUGAACACGGAGCGGGUGCCGCAACCGAUCACGGAGCGGGUACCGCAACCGAUCACGGAGCGGGUGCCGCAACCGAUCACGGAGCGGGUGCCGCAACCGAUCACGGAGCUGGCGCUGCAGCUGAACUUGGUGGGGGUGGUGCAGCGGAACAUGGAAUUGAACCUGAGACAGAUGAUGAUGGCGGUGAGAGUGGCGGUGAGGGUGGCGGUGAGGGUGGUGGUGAGGGUGGCGGUGAGGCUGAAGGAGGUAGCCAUCAUCGCAGACUUUUUUCAUACGAGCGUAGAGUUCUAUCUGGUGGUGGUGGAGGCCCCAGUUGUAAACCGGGGUUCCUGCCUCUUAUAUCAGUGAGCGGGUUGCAUCAGUUACACAUUUUUAUAUUCUUCUUGGCUGUCUUUCAUGUGAUCUACAGUGCCAUAACAAUGACCCUUGGAAGAGCAAAGAUUCGUGGGUGGAAGGCAUGGGAGGAGGACCAUGUCGUGGAUGAAGAUGCCCUGAAUGAUCCUAGAAGAUUCAGACUUACUCACGAGACAUCAUUUGUGAGGGAUCACAGCAGUUUCUGGACUAAAACACCAGUUUCCUUCUAUUUUGUAUGCUUCUUUCGACAAUUUUUCAGAUCUGUUCGUAGGGCUGACUACUUGACCAUGAGACAUGGAUUUGUUUCUGUCCAUUUAGCACCAGGAAGUAAGUUCGAUUUUCAAAAAUAUAUCAAGAGGUCAUUAGAAGAUGACUUUAAGGUAGUUGUAGGAAUCAGUCCGAUACUUUGGGGAUCAGUAGUGUUAUUCUUGCUCGUGAAUGUUCACGGAUGGCAUGCUGCCUUUUGGGUGUCUUUUCUCCCUCUAUUGGUGAUUCUGGCUGUUGGAACAAAACUUCAAGCAAUUAUUACUCGGAUGGCACUUGACAUAAAAGAAAGGCAUGCUGUAGUGCAGGGGAUCCCUCUAGUGCAAGUGUCUGACAAAUAUUUUUGGUUUGCAUGGCCUCAGUUAGUUCUUUAUCUCAUCCAUUACGUCCUCUUUCAGAAUGCUUUUGAGCUGACAUACUUCUGGUGGACAUGGUAUGAAUUUGGUUGGGCAUCUUGCUUUUACGAGGAUGAUAAACUCAUGAUCGUCAGAGUAGCUCUUGGGCUGGGAGCUCAAGUCGUUUGCAGUUAUGUCACACUUCCACUCUACGCACUGGUUACUCAGAUGGGGUCGACGAUGAAGAAGUCAAUAUUCGAUGACCAAACAUCGAAGGCGCUGAAACAGUGGCAUAAGAAUGCUCUGAAGAAGAAAACGUCAAAAGGACGCCAGGAAACUCGAACGUUGGGUGGGAGCCCGGGAGAACAUACACCGGGACAUUCUUCGCCGCACCACCCACCACCGCACAAAGACACGGAAAUGGCUUCUCAGACCGCCACCAUCGUCACCAGUGUUGAUAACGAAACCUAUGAUAAGCGGGACCUUCUGAGUGGACCGUGACACGUGUCUAAAUCUGCUGCAAUGUAAUUAAAAACACUACAAUGCUUCGUCAUUUACGGCUUUAUUUGACUUAGGUUAAAUAGAAUUAGUUAUUGUAUUAAUGUAUAAAAUUCUCA